CUGAAACUCUAGUUCGAGUUCCUCGCUCUCUGAUUGGCAUCUGUUUGGCGUUUUCAGCGUGGUUGGGAAGUGGAAGGUCUCCCCUGGUCGGUUUCGGGCUUUUUUGUGUGCCUUCAAAUCGGCCUCCGGAGCAGUAUUAAACUCCACUAAAGGUUUAGGAGACCGUAUCGGAUGCUGCUAUGGAAGUUGAGACUCCACGCUGUCGUUUCUGGUCUUGAGAGCCGCCCCAGCUCUUCCCUCCGUUUGGCCCCGCCUUUCACCACAUCAACAGACAUGAUCAUCAGACUGGGCAGGCUGACUCCCGGAUACUUCCGCCUCCUCGAAAGGCAGGUUGCCGGUGAGGUGCAGACGCAACCACAGGACCGUUCCAUCAACCACAUCGCCAUGAUGCUGGCCAUCAUGGGCCUGAGUCUGUCCUACUACAGCGCCAAGCAGAUGACGGAGACGGUCCAGGUCCCGCCUGCACCCUGAGGAGACUCGACUGCCCUGAUGACGGUGGUGAUAACAACGCAUGAGCCAAAGAGAAGUGGGGGGGAGGGGGGAGGGGGGGCAGUCAUAGUCACACUGAAUUUCUGGGAUCCCUCGCACCAUGAGCAAAGACAACAGGGCGUGGUGUUUUAUACCUGGGUUUUACGGGGGUCAUAGAUGAGACUGGUUUAAUGGACUGGUUUAAGUGGGUUAUCACAACCAGCUGACUGUCAACUGGGUCUGACCAUUAGUCAUUACAAAAGUACAUGCUUGCAGGAUGCUGUCGAUACUGUUCUGAACUACAACAAGAGAAGGGGAACUCUUGUAUAACUGUGAUUUUUAGCCAGGGCUCAAAGCUGACCUGGAUGAACAGUAAUGCCUUUUUAAAAAGAAGCAAACUGCACUUGAGAUGUACCUUGUAAUGAAGUCAUGGCGGGCCCAGAACGCGGUUAAAGGGGAUAGAAAGUGAACCUUGCCGAGCCUCGUGAACGGACAAAGAGCUGUCAUCGAUAAGUGUCAACAUGUAUACAUGUGAAAUAUAUCUGUCUGAAUAGUUUAUUUUUAAAUGCUACAUUUAGAUCUUUAAAGGGACUUGAAACUACUCGUGAUUUGAUUUGUUGUUCCUGUGAUUUCACGCGAUUGUAUCAUAAACCAAUGAAGUCCUGUUAAUAAGAUGUGUGACUGUCUCUAAUAGGCACGCUGGUUGAGAACCUGUCCUGCAAUAUUUACUUCAUGUUAAUGCAAAUGUUUAACUUCACUGAACAUUGCGUGGGUGUGCUGACUUUUAAUCCAAGCAAAAAUCAAAGACUUGUUUUUAUUGAUGGAUGAAUGUAUAACUUUAUUUUGUAAAGAUAAUAAAGCUGUGAAUAUUUUAAAU